UUAGUUGCAUUCACCUACCAAACGUCGCAAAGGCUUUUAGCUGGCCAGUUUGUGUUUUGCAAGCUGCAAGGAAAUGGCAGCAAUGGAAGAAGUGGUUGUGGAGGCAAAUUGGAGCAUAGAUAGGGUUUAUUCCUUUAGAAGCGCAAGUAGAAGAUCAGAAUCUGCUCAAGUCAUUCCCAUCACAACAAGUCCCACGAGUGAAGAUUCUAACUAUCAUGUUACUUCAGCUGCAAACUGGGGAGGCGGUGAGCUCAAUCCACAAGAUGCUUGGCUACCCAUCACAGAGUCCAGGAAUGGGAAUACCUUUUCAGCUACCUUCCUUUUGCUUUGUUCAGGAAUUGGAAUCCAAGCCCUUUUACUGCCUGUUGCACUUGCCACUCUUGGAUGGGCAUGGGGAAUCAUAUGCUUGUCACUUGCAUUUACAUGGCAGCUCUACACGAUAUGGCUACUUGUACACCUACAUGAAUCCGAUUCUGGAACUCGUUAUAGUAGAUACCUUGACCUCGCAAUGACAGCCUUCGGUCAAAAGCUAGGGACGUUUUUAGCUCUAGUCCCAGUAAUGUAUUUAUCAGCUGGUACAUGUGUCCAGCUAAUAAUCUUAGGAGGUGGAACCAUAAAGCUUUUCAUCAAGACGGUGUGCAACGACGGGGCAAACUGUGAUGCCAAGUCAUUGACUAAUGUAGAGUGCUUCUUGGUGUUCAUGUGCAUGGCUAUUGUUGUGGCUCAGUUUCCCAACCUGAACUCCAUGGCAUGGGUCUCAUUGAUUGGUGCCACCACAGCUAUAGCAUAUUGUACUUUGAUUUGGGCUCUUUCAAUUGGCAAGGGCAGGCCUAACGGCACUUCAUACAACCCACCGGAGAUGGAUGACGAAAUGGAUAGAUUUGGCGGGAUUCUGAAUGCUCUUGGCAUCAUUGUUCUUGCAUUCAGAGGCCACAAUGUUGUUCUUGAGAUUCAGGGGACAUUGCCUUUAAGUCUAAAACACCAAACUCACAAGCCAAUGUGGAGAGGAGUGACUGUAUCAUACCUAAUUAUAGCAAUGUGUUUGUAUCCUCUUGCUAUAGCUGGAUUUUGGGCUUAUGGAAACAAGGUACCUUCAUCGAAUGGAGGACUAUUAAUUGCAAUGUCGAAAUUCCAUCAACAUGACACAUCAAAAAUUGUGCUGGGACUGAUAUACGUACUUGUGGUCAUAAAUUGUAUAAGUACAUUCCAAAUCUACAGCAUGAUAAUUUUCGACAAACUAGAGACAAGCUACACUAGCAGGAAGAACAAGGCAUGCACAAGGUGGCUUCGAACAACUUUCCGUCUUUUCUUUGGAGGAAUGACAUUCUUGGCAGCAGUAACUCUUCCAUUUUUGGGUAGCUUGGCGCCUCUAAUUGGAGGAUUGACAUUACCACUGACAUAUGCUUAUCCAUGUUUGAUGUGGAUUGCAAUAAAGAAACCAAAGCCGAAAAGUGCUAUGUGGUGCAUCAACGUGGGACUGGGAGGCUUAGGCCUUGUUCUGAGUGCGCUUUUAGUCAUUGCAGCAGCAUGGAACUUAGCUAGCAGAGGUCUUCAUGCCAACUUCUUCAAGCCUUCAGACCUUAAUUAGUUUUACUUUGCAAAGAGAAAAACCAUGUAUAUCGAAAUUCACUAAGCAAGUGUAGUGAAAAGAAAAUCAUAUGACAAACUUUUGUUAAGAGUCAUAUAUAUCAUGGGAGCUUCAUUUUA